CGUGACAGCAACCGGAAGUGCAAUAUACCGAGAACACGAACUGUUGUGUUUGAAAAUCAUGUGCUUGGAGGAGACAGGACCUUGCUGCUCUCAUGUACCCGACACCCUUGUAUGCUCCGGCCGGCCAAGGAUCUUUUUCAGAUGUGUACGAACCAGCCGAAGAUUCGUUCCUCAUGAUGGAUGCUCUAGAGAAAGAUGCUGAUCGGCUGAAGGGUAGCAGGCCAUCCGUGUGUCUGGAGGUGGGAAGUGGGUCUGGUGUCCUCUCAGCCUUCCUUGCAUCUGUGGUCGGGCCUGAAGCAUUGUAUCUCUGCACUGAUGUGAAUCCAGCAGCGGCACACUGUACACUGCAGACAGCUCACUGUAAUGACCUGCAGCUGCAGCCAGUGAUCACUGACCUGGUCCAGUGUUUUUUGCCGAGGUUGAAUGGAAAAGUGGACGUGCUUCUUUUCAAUCCACCAUAUGUCAUCACACCAUCAGAAGAGGUAGGCAGUCGUGGGAUCGAGGCAUCGUGGGCCGGCGGGAUCCGUGGCAGAGAGGUGAUGGACCGAUUCUUUCCCAUGAUUCCACAGCUGCUGUCUGAUCAUGGCCUUUUUUAUCUGGUGACUGUUUCAGAGAAUGAUCCAGAAGAGAUUGUGGAUUUGUUGGGGAAAUCAGGACUGAAUGGACACAAGUGUUUGUCACGUCAGGCUGGGCGAGAGAGACUUUCUAUACUGCGAUUCAGUAAGUCCUGAAUAGCAGAUGACCAUCAGCACAUGAAGACUGAAAUACACGUGAUGUCCAGCUUUUUCUCAUCCAAAGGGUUUAUUAGUAUCAUUAUAAAAAUCAAGCUGAUGUUUUGAGGUCCGUCCCUCUGCAGAACCAUCAGUAUUUCAGGCUGCGUUUGUUUCCAUAAAGUCUGCUGAAGCUCAACAACUGGGUCAGAAGGACCUAGUAAGUGAUUCCUAACGGAUUGAUGGGCAUUUUGACGGCACGAGCCCAUCAGCUGAGCCGUUUAUCCUGAUUGUGUCAGAUUCCUGCUGCUUCGGUUUCAUUCUUUCAGUUACACUCUGACUGGUUGUUUUUGAGCAGCGCAUGUUCACUAUGAAAUAUUAAACGCUGUUACUGACCUGCAGUGAAUUCCAGAGUGUCAGGAUACCAAUGUCAUUUAUCACAAAAAAAAAAAAAGUUUAAUAUUAAGUCUUGGUUGUUUGAUUCUUUUUUUUUUCCGACUGUUUUACACAAACUAAGAGACACAUCACCAUAAAUACAUUCAAAAACAGAAAAUAAAGGAGAAUAUAUAAUUUUUAGUCUGUUUUCUAUUUUCAUUUCCCCAUUUCAUUUUUUGGUUUUGUUUUAAAAAAAAAAAAAAACAUUUUAUUGUAUUUCAGUUCGUAAUUUUAGUAUUCUGCUCACCAAGUCUGCAUUUAUUGUAUUUUUGAUCAAAUCAGUGCAGCAUUUAUUCCAAAAUCAUUCAGCUGUGCACAAGAUCAUUAGCGAUUUAUAAAUUUCACACCUGAAAGAGGCGUACCCUCAUUUGAGCAAUGAUCUUAAGAUUACACGUAGAACGUUUUCUAUUUUAUGAAUGAGGUCCCUGGUGUUCAUAAAAAGAAAAUGUAUUAAUACAAAGAUCAGUCUUGUCACAGCGCAGUGCAAGUUUAAUGCCAAGAGCAAAUUUUCAUCUAGUUCUGUUACAUGCAGAGAAUAAAGUUCACAUACUUUUUCAAUAACUCUCAGGCAUGAGCAAAUAUUCAUCAACAGAGAAUUUGAUUAAUACUGUUCAGGAUCCUGCAAUAGAAGACCCAUUAAAAACACUCAGGAAUUAUUUUCUGGAAAGAUUUGAUAUGGAAUGUUUGACAAAUUUUACUGUAUGAUUUGUUCUUAAAUCACAGUUUGGAGCUGAAAUUAAGAGGCUGAAUUAUAUUAGUGUCGUAAGCUUGAUCUGUGCGAUGGUAUCUAUCCCUGAAUGCUCUGGUUCCACACGAUUCGGCCGUCAUCUCUCAGCUUCAGCCCGCCACUGGCCACCAGCUCUAGUGCUGCUGGAAAGGCACGAUGCUCGGCCUCCCGGAUGCGCUCUGACAGGCUCUCCUCUGUGUCAGUCACCAGGAUGGGAACUGCUUCCUGAACAACAAUCGCUCCUGCAUCCACUUCCUCCUGUGGAUUUAGAGACGUUACACUCAUGAGUGAAAUUCACAAAACCUGCUGAGGUUUGCACAAAGCAAGCACUCUGGCUUGGUCACCCAGGCUGAGACAACAUUACUUAAAAAAAAUAAAUAAUAAUAAAUGCCACCAGGGUUAUUAUUGUUGACAAAGUACAAAAUAAAUAAACUUGAAAUAAACUGAAAAAAAAAAAAAUAUAUAUAUAUAUAUAUAUAAAUAUAUAUAAAUAAAUGAUUGGUUUUAUUUUAGCUAGUUGCAAAAACAACAUUUAUAUUUGUUUUAAAGUCAAAGUAGUAAAAUAAUUUAAAGUCUAAUAAAAAUUUAACAGAAAUUUCAGAAGAAAAAAAAAGUAUGUGUGUAUAUAUAUAUAGAAAACACUGACCGCCACAAAGUGCACAGUGCAUCCUGUGACUCUGACGCCGGCCUGGAGAGCCUGUUUCUGUGCGUUCACUCCUUUAAAGGAUGGCAGCAGGGACGGGUGGAUGUUCAGCAUCUUACCUGUUUGACAGAUGACAAUGUCAAAAACACAAAUCAACAAACACAACAAUACAAUUCAAGCUUGUUUUCACAUCAUGCUUUAAUAGGUUUUGUUUACUUCCAUAAAAUAUUCUUAUAUAUAAAAAAAAUUACACAUUUUGUUUUUCUUUCUUUUCUGUCCUCAACAGUGUUAUUUUACUAUCAUCAAUAUAUUAAUAGUUUUUUUAGUAGGGCUGUCGAUUUAAUGCGUUAAUCUAUUUAAUUAUGAAUAAUAAUAAUAAUAAUAACACCCAUCCCGUCCCUGGAUCUAGGUAGGUCAUCCAUUUCAUAUAGUUGAUUGGUGAUGAAUAUGAAGCAGGGCAACAACUGCGUGUAGCAGUCUAUAGAAUGCCAUUUGAACAAAUUGAAUGAAUGACUCUAGCUUGCUCAUUAUGACAUUUACAGCCACCUACUAAAAAGUUUUAGUUUCUUAAGAAAAAAAAAAAAAAAAUAAUAAUAAUUUCAGAUUUCUAUAUGAAUAAAAAAUAAACAGAAAAAACAAAUAAUAAUAAAUCCCAUUAAAGUGAUAGUUCACCCAAAAAUAAAACUAAUUAUCCAAAUUAAUUACCCAAACUCAUGUAGUUUCAUACCUGUAUGAAAAUGUAUUUUGUGGAAACUUUUUUUGAAGAAUAUAAUACCAAACUUUGGCGACCACUGAUAUGUUCCAAUGUUUUUGUUGUUUAGGACAUUAUAGCCAAACUGUUUAAUCAUUUCUUUGCUGAAGUCAAAUAAAAAUCUUCCUUAUAAAGCUGA